AAAACAGACAGAUCCUAGUUCACUCUGACUGAAAUCAAAAUCAACCAUUUUUUAUUUUGUGACUGAAUUUAGAAUUCAGAGCAACAAAAUAAAAAUAUUUUGAUUGCAAAACAAAAUAAAAAAAAAAACAUUUAUUAUAUUUUUACUUUCAUUUUAUUUCACACUUAAUUUCAUGUAAAAAAAAAAAUGUCGAAUCAUUCUUCUAACUCCACCAACGAUGGCAAAAAAACAUCACGCAUUAUGACUUUCCGACCAAGUUAUGAAGAAUUUCAAAACUUCUCCGCCUAUAUCGACUAUAUGGAGUCGCGUGGGGCUCAUCACGUAGGCCUUGCCAAAGUCAUACCCCCACCCGAAUGGGUUCCACGCAAAUCUGGCUACUCUAUUGACGAAAUAAACAUGACAAUCCCAGCACCAAUCUGUCAAGUUAUAUCAGGAAAGCAAGGAGAGUACCAACAAAUAAAUGUCCAAAAACGAACAAUGACACUGCGGCAAUUUAAAGAACUCGCCGAGUCCGAGCGAUACCAAACUCCAAGGCAUUUCGAUUACGAUGACUUGGAGAGAAAAUAUUGGAAGAACGUCACGUACGUCGCUCCACUCUAUGCCGCCGAUGUCAAAGGUACGCUCACCGACUCGGAAGUUAAAGAAUGGAACAUUGACAAGUUAGAAACCAUUCUUGACUACGUGAACAAAGAUUAUGGCAUCGAAAUUGACGGUGUCAAUACUGCCUACUUGUAUUUCGGAAUGUGGAAGAGCACCUUUGCUUGGCACACCGAAGACAUGGAUUUGUAUUCAAUAAAUUACCUUCACUUUGGUGCUCCAAAGACUUGGUAUGCGAUUCCACCUGCUUAUGGGAAGCGGCUGGAGAAGCUUCUAAAUCGCAUCUUCCACGACAACUAUCAGAACUGCAAUGCUCAUCUUAGACAUAAGAUGACAUUGGUGAGUCCACAGGUGUUGCGUCAGCACGAAAUACCUUUUAACAAGAUCACACAAGAAGCUGGCGAAAUAAUGAUAACAUUUCCAUUUGGUUAUCAUGCUGGAUUCAAUCACGGUUUUAAUGGGGCAGAGUCGACUAACUUUGCCACAAAACGAUGGAUUGAAUAUGGGAAGAGAGCCAGUAUUUGUCAUUGUCGGAAAGAUAUGGUUAAGAUAUCAAUGGAGACGUUUGUUAAGCGUUUCCAGCCUGAGAGGUAUGAUAAUUGGAUAGAAGGAAAGGAUUAUGGUGAACAUCCAGAAGAGCCGGGCAAGAUUUAUCCGGCCCCAGCACCAACAAUAAAUAAAUAUAGUUACACAAAAAGAAAAUCGACAGAAUCAAAUCAGGAACCCGACACCGAUCAACCUCCACAAAAACGUGGCUGUUCAAGUCUGAAUAUCGAAAAAGGUCCCAUAAUCAUGUUGAAAAAAAUGGAAAUUGAUAAGAAAUUAGACUUUAAUGCCAUGGCUGUUGUUCGUCUCAAAAGACUAUUUGCCAGACUACCUGGGGUUGGGCAGGGAAAGAGUCUCUUAACAAAUGGAAUUAUAAAAAACACAAAAAGAAUGCGAUUCCAAACUAGAACGAUUAUGCUGGAUGAAGAAGAGUAGCUACCAUUGCCAAAGGCUCUCAUGCCAUAUCACCACUACCUACCUACUUUUACAUGUUGUGAAUUUUUUUUUCUAUUUCUAGUUAUGUAACUAUUUUAUUUUUUUUUUUGUUUGAAAAACAAACAAACCAAAAAUGCUCUAUGUCUGCAUUUAUACAUGUAUAUUGGACUUGUCGUAAAGUCGAACUGAAGAGAUCUCAGAUGAUAAAUAAUAUUAUUUUUUACUUAAUAUUGAUAUUUCACACCCCCAUAUUUUUAAUUUAAUUGUAAUGACGAUGACCCGAAUAAAUAUUAAUUAAUUUUGAACAAAAUUGCAAUAUAAAUAAAUAAAAUAUAUUUAAGUUAUCAUAUAGCGAA